AUGGCUCUAUCCGCACUCCCUAAAGCCUUUGACCUACCUCCAGAGAAAAAGAAAGGCUACUUUCCCCAUCUCUUCAAUACUCUAACAAACCAAAACUACGUGGGUCCUAUGCCACCCAAAGAGUACUACUGUCCCGAAUCCAUGUUUGAGAAAUCACACAACGACUUUGACAAAUGGUACAGCGAACAGGUUGCAAAAAAGUAUGAAUUUAAUUUUAAAAAGGAGUUGCUGGAAUACUGCAUGUCAGAUGUCGAUAUCUUGGCUCAAUCCUGUCUAAAGUUCCGCUCAAUCUUCCUAAAAGAGUGCAAUGUUGACCCGUUUCUCGAGGCUGUUACCAUCGCGAGUGCCUGUAAUCUAGCCUUCAGACGUAACUUCCUGAAACCUAACACUAUCGGCAUCAUCCCUAAGAACGGUUAUCGAAUAGUAGACAAUCAAUCGGCAAUUGCACUCCAUUGGCUUUCUUGGGUCGAGGAAACCAACGGGAUUAGGAUCGAUCAUGCCGGACGAGGCAAAGAAGUCAAAGUUAAUGGGAUGAAGGUAGAUGGAUUUGAUGGUAGAAACAUCUAUGAGUUUCACGGGUGUUACUGGCACGGAUGCCCUAAAUGUUUUAAUUGCAACCGUCACGUCCCUUUGAAGGAGGAUCCCUCCGAUAGCUUACAUCUUCGCUACGAGAGAACCAUAGCUAAAAACUCCAAGUUUACAGAACACGGUUUGGUAGAGAUGUGGGAAUGCGAAUUCCGUAAGCUUAAAAAGGAUAAAAAACUUAAUCAUCUGGACAGUCUGCCCAUCUUGAACAAUCUCCCACUAGACCCACGACAGUCUUUCUUUGGAGGUAGGACUGGCAAUGCGAAAUCCUAUCACAAAUGCGCCGAGGGAGAAACCAUUCAAUACGUUGAUGUUUGCUCUCUCUAUCCGUAUGUUUGUAAGUAUGGGAAGUACCCUGUAGGCCACCCAACUAUCUAUGUCGGAGACAAGGAGUGUCGCGAGAGAGGUAUGGGAGUAGAGGGUUUGUUAAAGUGUAAAGUCCUUCCCCCUCGUGAUCUCUAUCACCCAGUACUCCCUACAAAAAUAAACGACAAAUUGAUGUUUGUGUUGUGUAGGACUUGUGGGGAGAUGAUGUAUCAGGGAGAGUGUAACCAUGAUAGUGAUAAUAGGGCACUAGUUGGGACAUGGACAAUGGAUGAGAUUAGGAAGGCAGUAGAGAAAGGGUACAUUGUACUGAACAUGUAUGAGUUAUGGGAGUACCAGGUUGCGACUUAUGAAAACGGGGGCUUGUUCACUGACUUUAUUAAUACAUUUUUAAAGAUGAAACAGGAAGCUUCUGGCUAUCCAGAGUGGUGUAAGACUGAGGAGGACAAAAACAAAUACAUAGCGGAAUAUUUGGGACAUGAGGGAAUCAAGCUGGAGAAAGACAAAAUUGUUAAGAAUGGGGGUUUGAGGUCUUUGGCAAAAUUAAUGUUAAACAGUUUCUGGGGUAAGUUUGGUCAACGCGAAAAUCAGACUAAAGCCACAAUCGUUAGGGAUUCUAAAACACUUUUUCAAAUGUUCUCAUCCCCCGAAAUAGAUGUAAAUAGAGUCCAAACCGUCAACGAGGAGGUUGUAGUUGUUUCUUGGGAGUACUUGGAAGAAGUUGGGGAACCUCUCAGUAACGUUAAUGUUUGUAUCGCGGCCUACACCACAGCGCAGGUGAGACUCGAACUCUACGAACAUCUUGAGGCCCUAGGAGUUCAAGUAUUAUAUUAUGACACAGACAGUGUCAUUUUUUACCACCGUCAAGGCUUAUACAGAGUUCCUACGGGAGAUUACCUCGGCGAAAUGACUGACGAAUUGGCAGAUUAUGGACCCGGCUCUUACAUCACUGAACUUGUCUCUGGGGGGCCAAAAACUUACGCAUACCUUGUCUGGUCAACCAAUCAACAGAAAUUGUUCCCUGUAUGUAAAAUCAAGGGCCUCACCCUCAACUUUAAAACAUCAAAAGUUGUAAACUUUGAAAAACUGAGAGAAAUGGUCCUAAGUGAAGUAAAACAGUCAAUUGAAAUAGAAGAAAACAGAAUCAGAAGAACUAGAGACAGAGACAUCGUUACCAUCACUGAGAGCAAAGUGUUUAAAAUCACGGGGCCUAAGAGAAGGUUCGAAGGAGAGUACGACACUCUACCUUUUGGCUAUAGAAAAGUCCAAAGAGACAUUUAA